AUACCAGGUCCUCAUUAAAGCCUGGCUCUGUUGAGCUGCUUGCCUCCUUUAUGCAAGAUAUCCAGAACAUUGGACAUGCCAACUCAGAAAUUGUGAGGAACUGUGAGGUAUUUGAUAUUAAGUUUAUUUUUAAAAAGUGGUAUUAAUGUAUUUGCUUUGCAUUUUGGAAGACUAAUCUAAUGAUACAAUUCAGCAGCAAGAUCUGUGUUUAUUCUUAAUUAUGGGACAGAUCCCUUUAUAAUAAAUGAACUAAAUAAAUCGGAUCCUUUUAUAAUAAAUGAACUAAAUAAAUUGGAUUUUACUACAAUUUUAUCUUAGUGUUUUACAAUAAUUUGUUUUUAUAGCUUGGUGUUUUAUAAUAUAAUGAUAUUAUAAUAAUAAUAUUUAUAUUAUAAUAUAGAUCUGAACAUUUUUUCCCAAAGUUACAAUAAGUUAGCAGGUUUUUGAACUGAAAAAUUUAAACCAUUAAAACUGUAUCACAUCAAACUGGUCUGAAAGGAUGCUAGAAAUUAGAAGUGGUUUUUUUUUCUGAAAAUGGUUCUGUUUUGCUUGACUUAUUUAUAUAAUCCAUUUGUAAACAUGUGUAGGGGAUUAGUUUGUUUCCAGAUUUAAACCAAUGCAAAAAUAAUUAUGUGGUUUCAAUGAACUGAUUCUCCCAGAUACUUUUUGGAACAUUUUCUGUUCUUUUGUAUUUUAAAUUUUAUCAUUAUUUUUAGCUAUCUUAAGGAGCAAACACUUAUCAUAAGGUCUUGCACACCAUGGGCUUGCUCUUGCAGAGUUUUGAGCUUCCUGGCUGGGAUCCAUCCAAGUGUGUGUUGACAGAUGCUUAAUUUGGGUUCUCUUUAACACCUCCAGGAACAGAAUAUUGAUGUCUGUGUCCCGUGUCCUGUGCUUCAAGCACCAGGCUCCAUAAACAUUAGCAUAAAAUAAUUUUUAAACAUCAGAUUUUGCCAUGUUUCAAGAAUGCUGUAUAUUUGAUUAUUUAAAAAAUGAUCUUUUUGUUUUCAUUACAUAAUUACGCAUUAUGGCGUUUAGGUGGAUUGCUGAGGGGAGGAGUUGCUUACUGAAGUGGAUGGACAGAAGGGUGUUUAAUUCUCAAUUUUAGAAUUGCCUAUAAUUAAUGAAACUGGAAUCAACCUUUCCAGAAUUUGACUUUUCUUUGCUGGCAGCUGUUCCUACUUUUAGUUCCCAUUGAUUGGCAUGGUGGGGGCUGAAUGUACUGUGGGGUGGGCAACCACAGUGCUGUUACUCAACUUUGUAUUAUGCCAACACCCAAGGAUAGGAUUGCAAAGCUAUUUGUAGCCAGAGAAAAAGGUAAGAGGUGCAAUAUUUCUGUGCUUUAAUUAUUUCACUUUGUGAUUUAAUAGACAAGGUGGCUACAGCUACUGAGACUGGUAGAAAAACAAUGCCAGGAACAAAUAAAUGCCCAGCAAGAGCAGUUCCACCAUCAAAUCCAAGUAAGUAAUGACUGUUCAUGGAGCUAGAUAAGGCUGAAUGAUUUUUUUCUUCCUCCAAAACAAUGCAGGGAGGCAGUUAAUGGAAGUGGAUGACUGGAGUGCUGUUUAAAGGAUGCAUUUUUGAAACAGCCUUGGCUAAUUAAUAAAGUAACUGUUAGGAACCAUUUCAGGAGUGAUUUGUGGAUUAUUUGUUUUCAGCUAUUUUGUUUUGGUUCAGAAUGCUCACAUGAUAGUGGGAUUUUGUAGGUACAAGGUUUUUAUUAACUGUUAGACUGUGUAAUUUCUAAUUUUGAGACAAUAUAGCUUUCUUUUUGUUAAAAUAAUGUUAUACAACUUAUCAUCCCCUCAUCCAGCCCAGGAAAACCAUCACUGUAAUAACUGAAGACCUAUUUCACCUUCAGUUGAAUAGUUUCCUUUCUAAGAAUUAAAAAUAACCCAUGUGAAGGUUCAUAUUUUUGUUGAACCCCAUUUAUCCAUUAGAACAGAAGCAAUGUUUAUGUAUCUAUAACCGACAGUAAUACUAUAAAUAUAUAAUGCUUAAUAUCUUCAUCAUUUUGGUUGCUGUUUUUCCCUUCCCUUUCCUGAUGCCCUCCACACUAGUAGUAAUCAGCAGUUCCUGAACUGAAUUACCAAGAGCUGAUUCAGGAUGAGAUAAAGCAGCUGGUGAGGUCGCAGAGCAGCGCCUGGGCCAGGAGCCGGGCUGUGCCCUCCCAGCUGCCCAGCACCUUCCCCUCCCUGCCGAGCCCCAUGGGGAUGUGCUCGGGGGCGUCUGAGGAGCAGGAGAGCCUCGUGGUCCAGCUGAGAUCCAGCGAAGGGGACGGCCCGGCCGAGGCCUCGGAGGUGCAGCAGGAAUGUGCGGGCAGCGAGGCCUCCAUGAACAGCGGCUACGGUUCCCUCUCCACCUCGGAGCUCAGCCCUGCCCAGCCCGGCCCCAGCGCGGGCGCAGGGCUGCACGCUGAUGCAGGCAGCCUUCAGAAUAAAAGAGAACUUUCAGCAAAGGAGCCUGAGGAAAAUCGUUCAUUGGGAAGGAGUGAUAUUUUAGUUUUUCCCACUGGGUUGGAGCAUAAAGCUGAUAAAGAUCAUCAGCAUGGGAAAAAGCCCAGUAAAUCUUUAACAUCAUGGGCACAAAAGUUGAAACAAAGCCAACCAAAAAGAGUAACUGCAGAUGAAGUAUGUGUGAACUCUAUGCAAGAAAAUGAGAGCGUGAAGAGAUUACCACUUGAGAAUACAAACCUUACUGAUGCUGCUUUGCCACCAUACACUUUUUACCUCAAUCAACCCAAGGAAAGUCCAAAUUCUGUAGCAUCAGAAGCUUCAGGACUUUCAUACUGGAAGUUGGAUGAAAAGGAGAUGUAUAACACUUUACCAGAGAAUUUCAGAAGUGAGUUGCCUGAUGUCUUCUCCACAAAAGUAUCACCAGUUCAGUUGUCUUCUGCUGAUGAAAGGAAGUUGUCAUCACUGAAGGAUAUUUAUCAUAAAAGACAAAGGGAAAACAAGCAGAUGCCAGACCAGAGUUUUAUGCCUUCUUCCCAGCCAAGUCACCCACCAGAGAUCUUGACCUUGGACCCAACCCUGCAUAUGAAGCCAGGCCAGCAGAACCAGGGACUCUGUUUUUCCAGGACUCCUGCAGACUCUGCUCCCUUUUCUCCAGACUCUAUGGCAGAGCCCGGAUUUCCAAGUCAUUGUGACACUGACUCUUUUUCACAGACAAGUCAUUCAUCUCAGUUAGAUGAUUCUCCAACACACCCUGCCAGCAGCAGAGCUGUGCACUUGGACCUGUGGAGAAAUCACCCAUUCCAGAGUGAAAACAAGGCCAGCUCUUCCUUCCCAGUAGCAUACAUGGAUGCUGACAAUGAUAAUUCUGUCAACACUGAGGAGGAAGAAACACUGACUCUAACUCCAUCUUCUGUUACUCAGUGUGCUGACAGUGGUUUGCCAGAUUACAGCCUUUCAGUGACAUCCCUUGAAGAUCCUGUGGUAAUGUCAAAAAUUAGGCAGAACCUGAAGGAAAAACAUGCUCGACACAUCGCUGACCUACGAGCUUACUAUGACUCUGAGAUCCAGAGCUUGAAACAGCAGCUGGAGUCAAGCCACAGAACUGCUGCAUCUGAGGAGCUGAAGAAGAUCAAUCAAAGCCUUGCUGACAGGUGUAACCAGUUAGAUUCAGCUCUGAAUGAAGCAAGUGCUCACAUAAAAGCCCUUGAAAAUAGGAAUAAUCUGCUAGAAAAGCAAGUGGCAGAUUGGAGGGAACGUUUCUACACCAUCAGUGACAAUUCCAAAGCCCUGCAGGAGCGGCUGGAGGAAAUGCGCGUGACCCACAAGGAGAAGGACAACACCAUCAGCCGCCUGAAAUACAGGCUCAGGGAGCUGGAGGAGGCUUUUGAGAAGGCUUACAAGUUCUCUGACAAUACAAACACAAGGCUCCAGGAAGAAAACAAAAUGUUUCAAAAUCUUUUAGGAGAAUACGAAUCCCUUGGAAAAGAACAUGAAAGAGUAAAGGAUACGUUAAAUACAACUGAAAACAAAUUGCUUGAUGCAAACACAGAGAUUUCUGAUUUGAAAAGGACAAUUUUAAAACUUGAAGCUCAGCUCAAGCAGGUGGAACAUGAAAAUGCACUGAAACUUCGCCAUAUAAGUGAAAAUCGUUUAAAAACCUCUUGUGCCAACAACUUGGGAACUCCUGAUGUCAGCAGGCGAAAGUGGUUGAUACCAGGAGCUGAAUAUUCCAUUUUCACUGGGCAGCCUUUGGAGGGCCAGGAAAGCCCCAAAGACAACAGGCUGGAAGAAGCCUAUAUUCCUUCUAGGCACCAUUCUCCUCCUGAAAAAGACUCCUCACAGGAAGACUCUUCAACAAACACAAUUGAAAAGAAAGAAAAUGAGAUGUCAGAAGCACCAAUUAUAAAAGCCUUUAAAGAACUUGAAGAAGGAAAAAUUCUUAAAGAUUGGGGUACACAGACAGAAAAAGAAGAUGCACCAGCUAAACCAUCAACUCGACGUCAGACUGUGGGGUUUGUUGAAACCUCUUUGGCUGCAAACCGAUCUCCAGAGAAAGGGAGAGACCAGCACAGACCCAAACGGUUCAGCUCCCCCUGUGGCCAGAGGUCAUCAUCCCUUCCUCCUGCAAACAGGAAAUCCAACACUCCCACAAGGAGAGAGAUAAUGUUGGCACCAAUGUCUGUGACAUACAGCCCAAAACGAUCUCCAAAGGAAAACCUCUCUCCUGGAUUUAGCCAUUUGCUCAGCAGAAAUGAAAACACAGUGACAAGAUUUGAUAUACUUCUAGAUGACCUGGAAACUGGUGCUACUUCUACUUUACAGCACAAUAAUCCAAGGAAAAGGCUCCAGUUUCACUCACUAGAUGAUAUAGAAGGAAGGAAGCAUCCAGGUGUCAGACACAGCUCCUGUACUGAAUCUGUCAGCAAUGGAAUGAAGAAAGCAGCAGCUUGGGAGGAGAGCAGCCAGAGACACGAGGCAGUGCAAUCACCUUGUGAGGAAGACUUCAAGUACUCAGCAAGGAUUACAACUCUGGCUGAAACAGAGAGGCUUUUUGAUGAGCUGACUCAUGAAAAGCAACAGAUUGAGGCUGCACUGAGCCGAAUCCCUUGUUCUGGUGGAAGAAUGACCUUGCAAGCAAGACUAAAUCAGGAAGCCCUGGAAGAUCGUUUGGAAAGAAUUAACAGAGAUUUGGGGUUAAUACGAAUGACUCUGAAAAGAUUUCAUAUUUUAAGAACCUCUGCAAAUCUUUGACAGUUCUCUCUUGACUGCAAAUAUACUUCUUUUUUUUUGCACUAAUAUAUAAUGAUGCACUCAGUAAAUGCAAAUUGUUUUGUAUUUUUAUAAACCCUGAAAAGUAGUUUUGCAACCAUGUUACCCUUUACAAACAGCAAUAUUUUGUACUUCAAACAGCCACCUCUAUUUUAAAUGUAUUUUGUUACACCUGAGAAAUCAAUGUUUAUCCUGUAUUGUAAUAUUUUUAGAAAUAUCGAUUAUUUUUAAAUAGUGAUAUUCAAUUUAUAAUAAGAAACUAAAAGGCAGCUUGUUUUCAGAAAAAAUGGUAGUGUUACCCUUUUGCACUUGGUUUUCCUCCACCAUUUUAUAAAUAUUUAUGGUGUGAUGUAAAUAUUAGCCAAGAGGAGAUUUUGGACUUUAAUACAAAAAGCAACAUGAGUUACCUGUGUUAAAGACAACCACUGUUCUGUGGCAAAUCCUUUUAAUUUAAACCUUUCACAUGGAUGUUUCUCGUUGGCACAGAACUGUGAGCAACACUUGCACUUUGGCUGGCUGGGGCAGGAAAAUCCUUCUCGGAUGGAUCUGAUGCCUCCCAGCAGUCACAGUGAGGGGUGUUUUGAUACUGUGAAUACCAGGAUUCACCUGGCAGCAGCCUCCUGCCUCCCAGUGAACAGCUCAACUCCAGCUGACACUCCAGGACUGGAACUCCUCACGUGAAGUUGCUGGUUCCCUGUGCCAGGCUAGGUUUUGUGCCAGUGUUCUGUUCCUGUACAUUUCAUGUAUUUGUGAACAUAAAUUUUUCUUGGUGGAAAAAUACAUACUUGCCAGUUGACAUAUUGUUGCAUUACUGUCCAACGUUGAUAUUUUGGUUUGUAUUUUAAUAUUAAAUAAAUGUUUAAUUAGA